UUUGUGAUUAAGGGUUCGCGGUAAAACUCUAAAACUCUAUCAGGACGAAGAAUGCAUUGUUUUCACUCAUAGAAAGCUCAUCUUCAAAACUGUUCAGUUUCAUGGGUAUUUUAUGUCAUAAAAACAUAUUUUUUAGUGAAGCGUUUUAUAUUUAUUCCUGAAUUUCCCGUUGUUUAGCUCCACGCUUUUAGCUCGGUGGAAGUAUUGGCGGUCGGUCCCCGGCGGGUUGAACCGUCCCGUCAUUCCUCGCGUGGCCAACGGCUCUCCACCGACGGCUCAUUGAAUUACAGUCCGCUGCUUGUUCGGCUCGGUUUCACUGAGCCAUCCGCGGAGAUCCGGGCCAUACGGACCCAACAAACACCGCUACACCGUCGGGGGUUCUGCUCGUCUCACUGCGGUCGUCCGGCGUGCCGUUCCUGGGCUCGCUGGCUGAAUUUUGUCGGGGAAGAACGGCGGAGCUAGUAGCCAGCGAUGAUGGAGCUGGAGUCGGCCUGUAGCCGAGGCGACCCGGGGACUCCCGGGGACUCGCUUCAGCCGCAGACACCGAGCCGGCACGAGAAGAGCCUGGGCCUGCUCACCACCAAGUUUGUGACCCUGCUGCAGGAGGCCAAGGACGGGGUCCUGGACCUGAAGGCGGCUGCAGACACUCUGGCCGUUCGGCAGAAACGACGCAUCUAUGACAUCACCAACGUCCUGGAGGGAAUCGGUCUGAUCGAGAAGAAGUCCAAGAACAGCAUCCAGUGGAAGGGCGUGGGACCAGGCUGCAACACCAGGGAGAUCGCAGACAAGCUGAUGGAGCUGAAGGCCGAGCUGGACGAUCUGGCGCUGCGGGAGAACGAGCUGGACCAGCAGAAGGUCUGGGUCCAGCAGAGCAUCAAGAAUGUCACCGACGACUCCAGCAACAGCCCGAUGGCCUACGUAAAGCACGAAGACCUCUGUGGAGCGUUUAAAGGGGACACUCUGCUAGCCAUCCGGGCCCCCAUCGGGACGCAGCUGGAGGUUCCUGUACCAGAACUCGUCCUUAAUGGACAGAGGAAGUACCAGAUCCGCCUGAAAAGUACCUCUGGACCCAUCGAGGUUCUCCUGGUCAAUAAGGACCCGUCCAGCGCCGCUCCGGUGGUUCUGCCCGUCCCGCCACCUGAUGACGUUCUGCACAACCUGCCAGCGCCGACGGCGACCCUGACGACCCCCCAGGCCCCAAAGCUCUGCAAGCCGCAUCCAGCCAUAAAACCAGCCGCCGCAGCAACGCCGGGCGCAGCAACGCCGGGCGCCGCAGCUGCAGAUGCGAGUGCUGCAGCAGACUGUGCUGCAGCGGUUCCGCAGCAGCUGCAGUCCUCCGCCUCCCUGGACGGUUCUGCCUCCUCGGCCGGGUUCCAGCCCAUCAAGUCGGAUCCGUCUGAGCUUUUGGAUUUCCCCAAAGAGCUGUCUGAAAUGUUUGACCCGACUAAAGAGAUGAUGCCUGGAGACCUGCUGGAGGACCUGAUGUCGUCAGAAGUGUUCUCGCCUCUCCUCCGCCUGUCGCCUCCGCCCAGCGACCACGACUACAUCUACAACCUGGACGAGACCGAGGGCCUCUGUGACCUUUUCGAUGUCCCCAUCCUUAACCUCUGACCCCGUCUGGCCCGCCUUGAGCCUCCUGCGGUGCAGCUGCGGCGCUGCUGCGGCGCUGCUGCAGCCUCCAUCAGCUCCAUGUACAGAAAGCAGCCGGAAACUUUGAGCUUUUCCAAGGAAAAUGAGUCAAAACUAUAUUUUUUGCUUUGUUGUGUACAAAGACUAGUGUGUGUGUGCCUGUGUGUGUGUGCGUGUGUGUGCGCGCCUGUGUGUGUGUGUGUGUGUGUGCCUGUGUGUGUGUGUGGACGCGCGGACGGACCUUUUGUACUGAAGAAUCUGAGCGUCUCCUGGGGACCAGAAGAAGCGGUUCUGGGCCCGGAUCCGGCCCGGUCCUCCUUGUACAUAGAGAAUAUAUAUUUUGUGAUAGCGGCGAACGAUGCUUUAGUUCCCAGGAAUCAUGCAGCUUUGUCUCAACCCAGUCCUCCCAGUCUUCCCAUUUUAACCAGUCUAAUGUUAGCUGCAAGUGAAACAGAAGAAAUUAAUGUAAAAACGUGAUCAGAUUGAAACGACUCGGUUUUAAGGUUCUGUAAGGGAUUUUAAAACAGAUUUUUUAUGUUGAGCAGAAUAAAUAUCACGUUUUAACGUUGA